UCCCCCUAUUCGGCUUCCGCUUCCGCCAUCUUUCUUUCCGGUUUUGCGCACUCUUGUAUCCGUCAUGAAGGUCGAGUUGUGCAGUUUCAGCGGGUACAAAAUUUACCCCGGCCAUGGCCGCCGGUACGCCAGGAUAGACGGGAAGGUGUUCCAGUUCUUGAACGCCAAAUGCGAGUCUGCAUUUUUGGCCAAGAGGAAUCCCCGACAGAUCAACUGGACUGUGCUGUAUAGACGCAAGCACAAGAAGGGCCAAUCUGAAGAGGUGAGCAAGAAGCGUACCCGCCGUGCCGUCAAGUUCCAGAGGGCCAUCACUGGUGCCUCCCUGGCUGAGAUCAUGGCCAAAAGGAACCAGAAGCCCGAGGUCCGCAAGGCCCAGAGAGAGCAGGCCAUCAGAGCUGCCAAGGAGGCCAAGAAGGCAAAGCAGGCUGCCAAGAAGCCCGUCGCUCCCACUAAGGCUGCCACCAAGGCUGCACAGAAGCCCAAGAUCGCCAAGCCCAUGAAGGUGAACGCACCCCGUGUUGGUGGAAAACGCUAAGCCGCGGCUCCUCGUUUUUGGUUGUGAAUAAAAGUUUUUGGGCUGUAUGCGGGCCGCAGGUUCCACACCCGUAGUUUGUGACAUGAACCGGAAAUAUCUGAAUAGAAAUGUCCUGUUCAAUUUUGCAUCUUUUAACGUCAUCGAUAAGCAGGUUUGAAUGCGACUGAACAAAUCAGAUUGUAUUAGUUGAACAGGAUUUAUUAGCCUUUCAUAACAGCAAUUACACUUCCACAGUGCCUCAAAGUGCCAUUUGCUCCAUCACUCAGCAGAUCAGGUGACAUUAAAGUGAGAUAAAUGAUUACCAUUACAGUGAGGGGAUUAGAAUUAACAAUUAUGGUGAAAAAACAACAAACACAAAUAUAUUUAUACAAAAAAAAAAGACUUCCCUAAGAGCAAAGAGGCAUCAGACAUCACUAGCGGUUCAGUGCUAGUGUUAGCUUGCGACAUUUGUGUAGCAUUACAAGCUGCACGAGUAACACACAAAUCGUGUUAUACAGUUACAGUGAUAAGAGAAGGAAAAGUGAAACAAUGAAGUGAUUUGUUCUCAAAGUUUAAAGCCAUUAAAAUCAAAGUUUAAUAACCAUAUUAUAAAUAAAUGACUACAAAUGUGAUGCCCUUCAAUGGCUUUGGAUAAUCUUCAAAGUGAAUGUUUUUGGGAAAUGAUUGCAUGAGGUAAUGACUGCUACACCUGAAAAAUGAUAUACAAACUAAAUGUACAAUCAAACAACUUGUUAAUAAACAAGUUAUAACUUU